CAUGGCAGCGAACUGCAAACUUAGGGAUCUCAUCCUGAACACCCACGUGCCGCUGGUCCUGGACCAGUUUCCGCUGGAAUGGGAGUGCUUCGAGGGAUCCCUCCACGACUGGUGCCAGCGCUUCGAUCAGGAGGCCAGCUCUUUUCCAGACUUCGAGCUGAUGGACUUGGCGGACAGCAGUACGCCGCAGUGGGAGCGAAAGCGGACCAAAGCCAGUAAGCUCAGCAUGCAGCAAUUCCUGCGGGAGUACGUCCUGACGGAGGAGCACACCCACUGGGCGGCCUACCAGUACAAGGGAGCCGACGUAGUGCCACCCAGUUGCCGGAGAGGCAUCGAUUUCUCCAGCUUCGGCUUCCCGGACAUCGGAGAUGACUUUCGCUUCUGGCUGGGAUCGGAACGGGCCAACACACCGUGCCACUACGACACCUAUGGCGUGAACAUCGUGGUGCAGGUGCACGGCAGCAAGUCGUGGCUGCUCUUUCCGCCUGAGACGCCGUUGCAGAGCACCAGGAUUCCCUACGAGGAGUCCAGUGUCUACUGCCUGGAGAACUUUUACGCCCCGGAUCCGGCAAAGAUGCAGAGCUACGAGCAUCUGGGCCGGCAGGCCUAUCACUGCAACCUGCAGGCGGGCGAAGUACUGAUCGUGCCGCGUAACUGGUGGCACUACGCUGAGGCCAUGUCCACGUCGCUGAGUGUUAACUACUGGGUGCCGCUAAAAGCGGACAUGGACCUGGUUUUGGACGAGUUCCUGGUCAUGCACAUCGUGGAGAGCUUUGUCAAGGGAGAGAGCGAUCAAAUUAAGCAGUACCUGCUCAAUCCCAACCAGAUGGGUAACCUGUCCACCAAGCCCAGCGACCUCUAUGCUCAGUUCGAGCAGGCGGUGCAGAAUCUGGAGAGUAGCCAGAAUAGCCGAAAGCUAUACGAUAUCGACUAUAUCAGCCAAGCGGAUUGGAAAACUUUGUUGAAUAGUAUCAACCUCACGGUGCGCCCUUUGGAAGUGAUGCCCCACGAGGAAUACAAGCGGCUCCUCAGCGCCAACUCCAAGAGAUUCCGAAAAGCUGCCAGCCCACCAGAGACAACUCCCAUUAGUUCCACUUGGGAGCUUCUAGUAAGCAGCAUGUGUGCUCCACGGGUAAUUGCCGAAAUGAAGCGCGAGUUCUUUCGCAGGCUAAAAAGUAACUCCCUCUAGUUAAAC